UGUCAAAAUGUGUUUUGUGUUUAAGGUGGAUGAGAGAGUGUGAUGAGCGUUUGUAAAUUUAUCGUGUUUGUACUUGUUUAUGUUUCUGAAAUUUAGUAUAUAAUGUUGUUUCACUAUGAUAUAUCUCGGGAUUAAGCACAAAUUUGUUAAACUGAAUCUCAGAAGUUGCGAUAUGUUUAUUUAAAUUUAUAACAUGGGAAAUCUUUUAAGGCUUUUGUCUAGAGAUGAUAACCCAAAAUAUGAUGUUUUUGUUGAUUUUGAAAAUGCUCAGCCUACAGAAAUGGAACUCGAGUCUUAUGAAAUAGUUGAUGAAGUCUUGCAACAUUCUAAAGACAUAUUAAUAGAACUUCAAACUUAUAAAGGGGCUGUAAAUGAAAUACGUGAGGCUAUUACAAAUCCACGCAAUGAUGUGUAUCAAACACGGGCAUGGGAAGCUGUUCUUCCUUUAGUCUCUAAAUUAAAAAGGUUUUAUGAAUUUUCCCAGCAAAUUGAUGAAGUUGUACCUCGUAUUCUGUGGGAGUUAUGUUCAGGACCUCUACCUCCUGCUCAACAUCUGCAUACUCAACAAGCUCUAGUCAAGCAAUUUGCUGAAAUUUUAGAUUUUGUUUUAAAAUUUGAUGACUUAAAGAUGACUAAUCCAGGAAUUCAAAAUGAUUUUAGUUACUACAGAAGAACAGUUAGUAGAUUGCGGUUAGCAAAUCAAGAACCUAUUGAUGAGGAACUUGAAGUGCCCAACGAGUUAGCUAACAAAAUGUCUCUGUUUUAUGCUCACGCAACACCAAUGCUGAAAGUGUUAAGUGAUGCAACAAUGCGUUUUGUGGCAGAAAACAAAGAUUUACCAAUUGAAAAUACGACAGAAACAUUAGGAACAAUGGCCAAAGUUUGUCAAAGAAUGAUUGAACACAGGGAUUUCUACAGUCGUUUUAGAAAUGAAGAAACAAUACUUUUUGUCUUGAGAGUGAUGGUUGGCUUGAUUAUUUUGUAUGACCAUGUUCAUCCUGUCGGAGCCUUUGCCAAAUCUGCUCACAUUGAUGUAAAGGGGUCAAUUAAAGUUUUGAAAGAUCAACCACCUAAUGUUGUUGAGGGUUUACUCAAUGCAUUAAGGUACACCACAAGGCAUUUGAACGAUGAAUCAACACCAAAGCAUAUCAAAAGCUUAUUAGCAUGAACUAUUGGAAUGACAUAUUUGUGAAAUAUUACUCUCUCAUCUAUUUCUUGUCAAAGAAAAUUUCAUGAAGAGCACUUGUGUUAAAUGAUAUCAGUGACAAAGUAUUAUAUGGUGUGUGUGUUUGUGUGUGUGAUCUGAUACCCAUGCAAAUUGUGGAGUAAAAAUAUCUGUGCAAAUAAUGAAUUUAUUUGAAAAAAAAGUGAUUUGGUGCUUUUCAUUAAUUUUUCUGGGUGCAUGAUAUUUUAUGUGAUUGCUAAUUGUCAUAUUAGCCUUAAAUAGUGAAUACUUAUACAUGACACAAUAAUAGGAUCAUAUUUACACUUAUAAAAGAGGUAUUUUUUAAUAGAUUUUCAUUGAGUUCUUUUAUGUUUGAACAUUUAAGGGAGAAUGAAUUUUUGUUCUUUUAUGAGCUGUUUUAGUUUAUUUGUAUUUACUUCAUUUGUAAAAUAUAGGCAUUUGUAUUAUGUUCAUGUAAAUGAUUUUUUUUUUUUUUUUCUCUUUCAAAUUGCUCAAUUAGAAGGGUUGAUAGUCUUACAACAGUCAUACUUUUUAAUUUUUAUAAUUUUUUUUAAGAUUUCCAAUUAGAAACUUAUUUGAAAUUCAAAUGACACUAAGCAAAUGAAGCUGUCAACAAGUCAAGAUCUAUGAUAUGCUGUCAGUACUAUAUUAAGAAAAAGGGCAAAAUGUACUUUUGCUUGUGUAUAUUUUUUAUGUGUACAAUGAGCUUUGGAUGCAGCUUCUUUGUGCAUUUCAUUGUCCUAGUCAACUCAUCUCAUCCACAAGCUUUAGGAGCGAGCUAUGUUCUGGAAAUAUCUUUUUCAUUGCUGAAGAUCUUAUUUUUUUUGUUCUGUCCAAUGUUCACAUUCAGUCAUCUGUUAAUGUUUUGAGAAGAGCAUCAGUUUAAAGCUCUACUAAUGACUUUUAAACGAGGGUUUUCAUAAAAACUAUGAGUUAUUGAAUGUGCCUGCCUGUUCUCAAAUACUCAUUGGUUGUUGGUAAGAUUUUGAAAGUCAUUAUUACUUGUUUACUCAUUGAUGUUGAUGAAUUACUCAACAGGAAUGCUGUGCAUUAGACUAUAAAUCGAUUUAUUUGUAAAAUUUUAAGAAAAUGAAGAUAUGUUAUUUGAAUGGUGGAAAAUAACAUUGGAAAUGCACACAUAGAAAUUUGAUUUUAUUGAACUUGAGAAAUUGACAAAAGAAAUUUUAUUUUAUUAAAUUUGUGUCCCAUGAUAAAUGAUAUUUUUAAAAUUAUAAUAUGUGAAUUAAACUGACUAUCCAGCUUUAUUUAUUUUGAAACUACUAUUAAUUUUGAGAAGCUAAUAAAUUUGGAACCGAGAUGAACUACACUCUUAAUGGAAUAUAUUUCAUUAUAAAUUUUACUAUUUUUCAGAUUCAAAUUUAUAUUUUGAAAAAACUGUAGAAAUCAUAUUGACAGAAAUGUAGUAUCUAAUUCGAAUAUUUAUUUUAAGACUGAAUAUAUUUCAGUGGCAGAUUUAGACUUUUUGUUGUGCCAAGUAGUGUACACAUUGAAGCUCAUUUUUCAAUAAUUUGAUAAUAUCACCUAUUUUAAUUUGAUUAACUUGUUUAUGAUUUAUUUAAUCAAUUUUGUAAGAAAAAAAAAUAUUUUUUAAUAUAUGCACAUAGAAAAAAGUGAAGUAAAUAAAGAAUUUGUAACAUUUUUUUAGUUUUACCAGAGUAGGCACUAUAGAUGUGAAGAUCAGAAACUUCCAGCAUGGUGGUUGAUUCUCGCUUCUCAGGUGACUAUAUCAAAGCUGUGGAAUUAAGUUGCUUUCAUUUCUAUAAUGGAACAUUAUUGUAUAAUAGUUAAUGUCAAUACACAUUACAGUUCUAAUAUUUUAUUACUCUCUCUCUCUUUUUUUUUUUUUUUUUUCAAAUCUCUUUAGCAAUUAAAUUGAAAUAUUUUCUAAUUGACAAACCCACAAAUCUUCGUAGCUACAUAAUUGAAAUCUGCCACUGAAUAAAGUAAAAAUGAUGUAUUAAUUAGGAAUAUGUUAUUAUUAUAUUAGGAAUAUGUUACUUUGAAAAAGCAAGGCAGUUUUAACUAUUUUGAAGGUUAAUGCUUGAACAGGAUUACAUGAAUUGUAGGCUUGUUUAUGUGCUAGUCACAAGUUGUAAUCAUGUGACUUCUAUUUUUUUUUUUUUCUUCUUAUUACUAAGAAUCUCACUGUUUAGUUAAUGGCCUUAUGUUAGCUUAUAUUUUUUAUGUAUGUAUAUUUUAUUUAUUAUUUUUAAUAAUAUUCUUUUUUGUAAUCCUUAUAACAAGUUAAAAAUAUAUAUAAAAUGAACAAAACAUUAAAAGAAAAUUAUAUUACAGAACUCAUGGAAGUAAAUUUUGCUGUGUACAUUUCUAUUGUUAAAAUAUGUUAAUUUUUUUAGGGGGGUUAAGAAAUUACUUAUUAAGAUCUUUGGUUAAUUAUUCAUAUGCAUUAUUAGGAAUAUUUCAUAGUUUAAAAGCAUGAUAUUCAAUUUUAGAAUGUUCAUAUUAUUAGUAUUAUCUGAAUGUAGUUGGUUAUUUUUCAUUAUUGACAUUAGCCUAUAUAAUUUUUAAAGUUUCUAUUAAAUUUUAAUCUGGUGGAGAAUUGUAUUGUCAGUAUCAUAUCUUGACAUUUUAUUAAAUUUAAAUGUUGUGACUUAAAAAUAUUUAUUUUUAUUUGGACUGAGCAUUAUUUUUAACUUGUAUAGAAUUUAACCAAAAAUUAUAGAAUUAGCAUAAAUAAUUAUCUUGUUAUAUUUAUUGGUAAGUAGGUUUCUCUUGAAUAAUUUACACUGAUUAAUUAUUCUAUUACAAUUGUAUAUUUUCUGCUUAAGUUUUGGGCAGCUUUGGAAUAAAAUGGUACAUUAUUUUUUGUCUGGAAUUUGUUAGUGGUUUCAACUAUAUUAGCAUUUCUCAAAUCAUUAAUUUUUUAAAUAAUUUUUAGGAGGUUUUUACUUGGAACAUUUUUGUGUUGUUUUCAUUUUUAUAUUUAAAUCGUCUGAUAUCUUAAAUUUUCUGUUUUUUUCUAGAUUUUAGUUUUUAAAUCAAAUUAUGUUGCAGAAAUUUGUUAGAAAAAUUUCAAUUAUUUCAUUUUGUAUGUAAUUUAUGAUUUUCGGUAUUGAUGUGUGUGCAGUUAAUUUCAGUUAUAUGAUUCGUUAACAUUGGAUACAGGAGUCUCUUUUGCUCACCAUAAUUGAGAUUGUGUUUAUCAAAUAAGUAGAAUAUGUUUGACAGUAUGGGGGAAAGAAAAAGUGCAGUAUUUAAUCAUUUAUUAAAAUUUAUAUGUAAUAAUUAUAUACUGUAUUUCUAUAUAAAAAUUGACAUAAUAUUGAUAACUGUCUUUUUUUAUUAAAAAAUUUUAAUGGAAUUAAAAUAAAUCUAACACGAUAAUAGAUGUCUUUUUAGUUUGUAAAAGUAAGUUAUUUCCCUACAGAUCAGUAUUUUUUGGUUGCUGAUUAAUGCUGUUUCAGUAAUCCAGGAGUGUGUUAAUAACAUUUAACCCAUUCUUUUAGGUCCAUUAUUAUAUAAUUACUUUUCUUCAAGCUUAUCUAUUGAAACAUUAAUUCUUUUCUUUUUAGUUGUCUUACUAAGAUAGACAUACAGGAAAGUAAAAGAAAUCCAGACUGAUUAAAACAUAAAAACAAUUAGUCAAAGGUCAAUAAUAUUUACCACAAGGAUUUAAUUAUCUUGGAGCCUCCAGUAACAUUAAUCAUGCUUUAUUUAUGGGCAUUUACCUUACUGGAUGGCUUAUAUAAAACAAAAAAAUAAACAAACAGUUAAAAGCUAUUGAAGGGAAGGGAUGAUGUAUAAGUAUUUUGAUCUUAAUAAUUUUAGAACCAAUGUUGAUUAAAAUGAGACUCCACUGUACAUGCAGUCAUACUUUUUACUAGAGAGGCUUCUAUUUUGAAUUGGAAGAAAUUUUCCAACUCUCAGAAUACUCAACUUUUGUUUACAUUGUUGGACUAUUUAUAAAUAUAUAUAGCAUGAUUAACUGUGUAUCUGCAGCAAUCAUGGUAACAAAAAAAAAAAAUCCUUUGAUAUUAUGAGACAGGUAGUGUUUUUUAUUUAUUAUGCAUAGCUUCAGAUCAAUGUCAAAACCAUAUAAGAAAUGAAGUAUGCUGAUCGUGUUUCGCAGCUGUUUAAAUUUUUUAAUUCAAUAUAUAUUUUUUCCUUAAUGUGCAUGUGAAAUAGUUUCUGUGUUUUUCAUUUUCUGAUUGCAACUUUUUAAGUGUACAGUAUUUUAAUGCACAACUUUGUUAAAAGCUUGGGUGCAUUUAAUGAUAAAAAGGAAGGGGGGACUAUGCAUAUCUCUGGAAGCAUUUAAGGGGAGGGGGGUAUUAUUGAUGUCAACUAGAAUGUAUAAUUAUUUUCUAGAAGACAAAUUAAUAUCUUAAGUUAGAAUUAGCGGGAGUAAUUUUUCAUUGUCCAGCUGUAAAAAUGCUAUUAUAAUAAGUUCAGUUGAUUUUUCACAGAUUAUAACAGUUGACAUUAUCACUAAAAGUUUUAGUUACUGUUGAAAAUAAUUCAUAUUGUUGAAUUUUGAAGUAAUUUCGUUAUUUAACCUUUAUAAAUUUUUUUUCAAUGAGUGAGUCAUUGUCAUUAAUGUGUAAAUGUACUUGUAUGAACAAACUAUAUAAACAAUAAUUUGUUUCUUACAUUUUGAGCAUGUACUUAAAUAUAUUGCAUAGAUGAAUGUUACUGACAGAUUAAUUUUUGCAACUAUGUAAGAAUGCAAUAUUUGUUAAAUAUCUAACAUCUAAAAAAUUUGGUGUGGUUAAUAUAAAUUUGUCUUAAAUUCUGUCUUUGGAAAUAAAUAUUAAAAUUAUUAAUUGUUAAGAAAUAUUUACCUAUGUUCUAUUAAUUGUGGUUAUUAAACUUUAGUAAAUGUUUGCUGAAAAUAUUAUUUAUUAUUCCCAUUGUUUAUGGGUGGUGAUGUUUUACAUUUGAAAUUGUAAAUUUCAUUGGUGUAUAUAUAUAUAUUUUUAAAUCUGCAUAAAAUUUGAAUAUAUUUCUUCUUGUAAAGUAAAAGAUAAGCUAUAAUUUAGUGCUGAGUAAAAAUAUUUGAAAGCCGU